AUGACCAAACCAGUCGUUGGUAAGAGAUUAUUCUCCUCAUUGUCCUCAUUAUCCAAUAAAUACACUAAAUAUGUUCCAACUUCUGGUGUCUAUCCAAAAGGUUAUAAAGUUGGUGCUGUCUCCACUGGGGUUAAGAAAAAUGAACAACUAGAUCUUUCUAUUAUCAAGUCAGACUCACCAGCUAAUGCUGCUGCUGUUUUUACUACCAACAAGUUCAAAGCUGCCCCAGUUCAACUUUCCAAAAGGAUUCUUGAUAGUAAGCAAAACGCAAACAUUAAUGCCAUUGUGAUAAAUAGUGGUUGUGCAAAUGCUGUUACAGGUGUCCAUGGGUUGAAAGAUGCUGAGAAAAUUGUUGAAAAAGUUGAUCAAACAAUUGACCCAAACAUAACUGAACAUUCUACAAUUUGUAUGUCAACGGGUGUGAUAGGACAAAGACUCCAAAUGGGCAAAAUUUUACCAAAUAUUCCAAAAUUGAUUAAUGAAAAUCUUGGUCAAGAUCAUGAAGCUUGGUUGAAAUGUGCAAAAGGUAUCAUGACAACUGACACAUUUCCUAAAUUGGUUUCUAAACAAGUCACAGUCAAUGGCCAACAAUAUGUAAUUGCAGGUUUAUCAAAAGGUGCUGGUAUGAUUUGCCCAAAUAUGGCUACUUUACUAGGUUUCUUUGUUACUGAUGCCCCAAUUGCACCAAGUGCACUACAAUCUAUCUUAACAUACGCUGUUGACCGUUCAUUCAAUUGUAUUUCAGUUGAUGGUGACAUGUCAACGAAUGACACUAUUGCUGCUUUAGCUAAUGGUGCAGCUGGUGGUCCAACCAUUGAUGAAUCAACAACUGACUCGUUCAAUUUGAUUCGUGAUGAAAUCACUGAUUUUGCUCAACAAUUAUCACAAUUGGUUGUUCGUGACGGUGAAGGUGCUACUAAAUUCGUCACCAUCAAAAUAAAAGAUGCAUUGACCUAUAAAGAUGCUCAUCAAGUUGCAAAGACCAUUUCAAAUUCUCCAUUGGUUAAGACUGCAUUAUAUGGUAAGGAUGCCAAUUGGGGUAGAAUUUUGUGUGCAAUUGGUUAUUCAGAUGUUCCAGUCAAUACUGAAAAGACCAAUGUUUCUUUUGUCCCAACUGAUGGCUCAGCUGAAUUGAAAUUAUUAGUCAAUGGUGAACCUCAGCAAAUUGAUGAAGAAAGAGCUAGUGAAAUCCUACAAUUUAAAGAUUUGGAAAUUUCUGUUGAGUUAGGAACUGGUGGAGGGGCUGAUUGUUCAUUCUGGACCUGUGAUCUCUCACACGAAUAUGUUACAAUCAACGGUGACUACCGUAGUUGA